AUGAUGAGCAUAUUUGAAGGCCAUGGGCGAAGUGCCGUGCAGCCCCCGGACAAGCCCAGCAACCGCCACCAACAACGAGAAGCCGAGUCUCCGAGAUCCAGCCCCGGUGAUAACUUCAGGACACAUCGGUACCCAAAGAAGUUGGUUCAGACUUACUCUGUGUUCCCUAAUCAAGAUGAGAUGAGUGAUGUCGUUGUGCAGCCUUAUAAUUCGCUGUUAACACUGAAGAGACUAACUCAAAAUGCAGACUGUGUGGUUGUUCUUGACAACACAGCACUAAACCGGAUUGCAACAGACAGGCUUCAUAUUCAGAACCCUUCCUUUUCUCAGAUCAACCAGUUGGUGUCCACAAUCAUGUCUGCAAGUACCACCACACUCCGGUACCCAGGCUAUAUGAAUAAUGAUCUAAUUGGACUGAUUGCUUCCCUUAUUCCCACUCCAAGGCUUCAUUUUCUCAUGACUGGCUAUACUCCGCUUACGACAGAUCAAUCAGUGGCAAGUAUACGUAAAACUACAGUCCUGGAUGUCAUGCGAAGACUAUUGCAACCAAAGAAUGUGAUGGUGUCCACUGGCAGAGACAGGCAAACUAACCACUGUUACAUUGCCAUCCUCAACAUUAUCCAAGGAGAAGUGGACCCUACUCAGGUCCAUAAAAGUCUGCAAAGAAUACGAGAGCGAAAAUUGGCCAACUUCAUACCGUGGGGACCAGCCAGUAUUCAGGUGGCAUUGUCACGGAAGUCUCCAUACCUGCCAUCAGCUCACCGUGUCAGUGGGCUUAUGAUGGCCAAUCAUACCAGCAUCUCCUCAUUGUUUGAAAGAACCAGCAGACAGUAUGAUAAACUCAGAAAAAGAGAAGCAUUCUUAGAACAAUUUCGCAAAGAGGACAUAUUUAAGGAGAGUUUUGAUGAACUGGAUAAUUCCCGGGAGAUUGUCCAGCAGUUAAUUGAUGAAUAUCACGCUGCAACUCGCCCCGACUACAUUUCCUGGGGUACACAGCAGCAGUGACACAGACUGCUGCUUGCUGAGGGUUUACCGCUGCACAUUCCAUCAUUAUAUGCUGAUAAGUCGACUCUAUUAACAUUUCUGUUUAUCCUUUGUGAAGUGACUAACUGGAAUAUGGUGAAUAUGCAGGAUAGCCAGGCUUAGACCUGCAGGCUCCUGUGCGAAAUGAACAUCUUGGCUGAAUAUCUCCGCCCUGUUCCUUCCCUAUACAUGUUUUAAGGAAGAUUCCAGGUGACAACUAGUGAUGGAGACGUUGAUCAGAAAGUUUAGUUGUAUGACUGUUCGUUCAGGUCAGUGAUUCAGCAACAUAACUGCACAUUUGAUUGUCAUGUUGGUGUGAGCCUGGAGUCGCCCCAGUGAGUUAGUAUAUAGUGUGCAGUCAAACCCUUGUGGUAACAGGUCAUUGACUAUUCCCACAGUUCGGGAAAUACUUCCACUCACAACAGUUUAUUGUAAAAUGAAGCAUUUUUUGGUAAAAAUCUUUCCCCUUCAUUUUAAUCCACAAUUGGAUAGUUUAAUUUGUAAAUGUACCAUUUAUUUUAAUAUGGGAUUAGUUUUAUAAAUGUUGUGCAGUAGUAGUAUCUGGCCUUGUACUGGUGGGUGAGCAAGGCAUCCAUUGCCUGCUAUUGUAACUAUUUGCCUGCUUGAUCACUCGAUCAGUAGAUGUUGCUUCUCCUGCCAUGUCCAACACCUGUCUGCUCACUUAACCAAGCACUCAGAUUAGUAAACGCUUCAGGAAAUUACAAUUCUGCUCAUUUAGGCUAACAUUGGCUAGUGUUUUACUUUGGUCACCAUUUUUUGGGUUUCCGGGUAGUGCUAAAAUGUCUUCACACCUACUAAUGAAGGUAAUUUUAAAGAUGAUUGGAAAAAAGUUUCAGAAAUGUUUAGCUUGUGCUUUCAGUAUUGUGUAGUAGCUGGGGACGUGAUCUGAAGGUUGUAGAAUGCACGAUUAACAGACCUGUUUAACAGUUGCUAAUAAAAUCGUUUUUUUAUUGAAUGGUAGUUUUUGCAUAUCCUAUAAAAUGCACAUUAUUGUCGUGAAUUUCAGUUAGUAUCUCACAAUUUGUUAAUGCUUAUUUGAUUUCAUCUUUGUCCAGCAGCAAUAAAUGAAAGUUUACUUAAA